AUCCUACCCCCGGGGCUGCUGGCUUGUGGCGGAACUGAAACGGCGUCUGUCCCAACAAUAGCGGGAGCAUCACCAACGACAAACCCUUUUUAUAGACUCUCUUCGUUUGUUGGUCCUGAAUUAUCUGCCGCUGUGUGGCAUAGGCCAACAAUCGAGAGGGGCGAAAAACCAUAAAGCCUCGAGAUCGCCUCACAAAGGCCACAUCUCCCGAAGCUCCCAAGGCAGCACCCCGCGACACAGCCCACCUGACUACGUACCUAACUACCGAUCGAACCCGUCUGAAUUACAAUCCCCGCGAACUCAUUUUACGAAACCGCCGGUUCCUUCCUUCGUGCUCCACGAGCAACCAUAAUGGACCGCAACAACCUCUUCAGCAGACCGGCACCCCGCGGGGGAGGUCCGGGUCUUCCUGGACGUCAGGUGCAGCGACCACCAGGAGGAGAUGGUGGGGGAUACGCACCCGCACCCGGUGGCCACGACUCAUACGGCGGCCGCCAACCCGCGUCCGGAAGGCCGCAGCACCCUCCCGGCGGAGGUGCCGGAUACGGGGGAGGAGGAUACGAUACACCACCUCCCCGCCAGUCCCAACCGAGGGGAGGCCGACAGGUCCGCCUAAGGCUCGCAAAGGUCGAGGACAAGACGUUGCAGGCGCAGUACAUUUUUGGGAAUGUCUCUGCCGUGUCCCCCAACGACUUCCCUCCGAGUCGCGACGGCUCCGAUCUAUACGUCCGCCUGAGCGGCCCUGAGCUACGCGGCGACUACGUCGUGACCGCACGCCCCACCCCGGGCUUCCCCGACGGCUGCAUCAGUCUGUCCGACCCCCAACGAACAUGGGCCAGCAUCGGCAUGAUGGACGAGGUGAUCGGCGAGCUGUUCGACCCGUUCGGCCACGGAGGGCCCGCGUACAUUGGCUCCCUAGACGUCGAGGUUGGCUUCGCGUCGCAGAGGAAGAUUGUGGACGCCCCGUACGACCAAGAUGAGCUGGCCGCCAUGUUUGUCAAGAGCUUUCAGAACCAGGUCUUCUCGCCGGGGCAGAGGCUGCUGCUCGAUGUCCAGAACGUCCCCUUGUCCAUCAUGGUCAAGACGGUGACUCUGAUCGAUCUCACCAUGCAACAGAGACAGAACGACGAACCCCCUACUCGCAGCGACCCUGGGGCACGGGGCAUCCUCACCAACCAAACCAGCAUCGGCUUUUACAAGGACGCCAGGUCGCCCAUCAAACUCAAGGGCUCUAACAAGCGGCCCGCCGCCAACGCUAUCAUCAGCCCCGACUUCAAGUUCGAAGACAUGGGCAUCGGAGGUCUAGACACCGAGUUCUCCACCAUCUUCCGCCGUGCCUUCGCCUCGCGUAUCUUCCCGCCAGGCCUCAUCGACAAGCUCGGCAUCAUGCACGUCAAGGGCAUGUUGUUGUACGGUCCUCCGGGGACGGGAAAGACACUCAUUGCCCGGCAGAUUGGCAAGAUGUUGAACGCCAGGGAGCCCAAGAUCAUCAACGGUCCGGAAGUGCUGAACAAGUACGUCGGUCAGAGUGAAGAGAACAUCCGUAAGCUCUUCGCCGAUGCCGAGAAGGAGUACAAGGAGAAAGGUGACGAGUCGGGUCUCCACAUCAUCAUCUUCGACGAACUGGACGCUGUCUGCAAGCAGAGAGGUUCGGGCGCCGGCGGCGGCACGGGUGUGGGCGACAGUGUGGUCAACCAGCUGCUAUCCAAGCUAGAUGGUGUUGACCAGCUCAACAAUAUCCUCCUCAUCGGAAUGACCAACCGGAAGGACAUGAUCGACGAUGCCCUGCUGCGCCCAGGCCGUCUCGAGGUCCAGAUCGAGAUCUCACUGCCUGACGAGUUCGGCCGGUCGCAGAUUCUCAAGAUCCAUACCGCCAAGAUGAAGGAGAACCAGGUCAUGGGCAACGAUGUCGACCUCCCCGAGCUGGCGUCGUUGACCAAGAACUUCUCGGGUGCCGAGCUGAGCGGUCUCGUAAAGUCGGCCACGUCGUUCGCCUUUGCGCGCAACAUCAAGGUCGGCACCAUGGCCAGCGUCAGCGAGGAGGUGGUCAACAUGAAGGUGGUCCGGCAAGACUUCCUCAACGCGCUGGCCGAAGUCAAGCCCGCUUUUGGCGCCGAUGACGCAGAGCUCGAGGACGCCAUCCCCUACGGCGUCAUACACUUCUCGCCGAGCAUCUCGUCUAUUCUCAACGACGGCAUGCUGUACGUCGAGAACGUGCGGCAGCAGGAGCGGCUGCGGCAUACUGCAGUCUUGCUGCACGGCCCGCCGGCCAGCGGCAAGACGGCGCUGGCGGCCCACAUCGCCAUGAAGUCGGACUACCCCUUUAUUAAAAUCAUUACUCCCGCCUCCAUGGUCGGUUUCAGGGACGAGCUGGCCAAGAAGGAUCACCUACACAAGAUCUUCACCGACGCCUAUAAGUCACCUCUGAGCAUGCUAAUCAUCGACAACAUCGAGCGCCUGAUCGAAUGGAACCCGGUCGGCCUGCGCCUGUCCAACAGCAUCCUGCAAGCCCUCGUGACCCUCCUCCAGACGCCGCCGCCCAAGGGCCACCGGCUGCUGAUCCUCGCAACGGCCUCGCAGCUGUCCGUGCUGGAGCAGCUCGACAUCACGACGGCGUUCGACCGGCAGAUCCGGGUGCCGGCGGUGCAGGACGCGCGCGAGCUGUCGGCCGUGCUGGCCGAGUCGGGCGCCUUCCCCGACCCGGCCGACGUCGGCCUCGUCCUCGACCGCGUCCGCGACUACACCGGCGGCUCCGACCGCGUCGGCGUCGGCAUCAAGACCAUCCUGACCACCGCCGAGACGGCCCGCCUGAGUCAGGAGCCGGCGGUCUGGUUCGCCGAGCAGAUUGCGGGGCAGAUUGCCAGGUAUAAUCCGUAUCCGGGUGGGGAGCAGCAGUAAAGGG